AUGCCGGCUGGGUCCUCGCUUUUUCUCGGGCUCGAGUUGGCUGUCGACCAGCUUCGUGCUUCGCUCGUUGACGAAAACCUCGAACUUGUCGGUGUAGAAUGCAUCGAUUUCGACACCGAGCUGUCCGAAUACCAGACGCAGGGCGGAAUCUUUACCACCCCUGGCGAGGCAUACACGACUCCCGUGGAGAUGUGGAUAAAGGCUCUUGACGCCCUCUUCGAAAAAUUGCGCCGCAAUGUAGACCUUACGAGAAUAAAAACCAUCGGGGGUUGUGCCCAGCACGCGCUCGUCUGGUGGAAAUCGACAACGGUACCCUCGCUGUCAUCACUUGACCCUCACACACCUCUCGUCGCCCAUUUCUCCUCCAGCCUCUUCUCUCUUCCAAACACCCCCGUGGCCCAGGAUACAUCCUCUCAGACCCAUGCUCUCACAAUCGAAGCACUUGUCGGUGGAGCUGACCAUCUUGUUGCUCACGUUGGUUCCGCGGCAAACCCCUCUUCUAUAGCCGCCCAGCUCCUUCGGGUGCGCGAAACUUGGCCUCAAGAUGUUUGGGCCCGUACUGGUCGUGUUCAAUUAGCGUCAGCUUUUUUAGCCUCGCUUGUUUCCGGCAAAUGGAUGCCAAUGGCAGAAGCAGAAGCUUGUGCGACUGGAUUGUGGUCUCAUACCGGAAAUGCGUGGGACGAAAAGAUUCUAGACAUUGUUGGAGGGUCUCGGGAAGAAGGCAGGCGAGUUCGUGGCUGGCUAGGCGAAGUGGACUUAACAGGCGGCGGUCGGAGGGCAGGGAACAUCAGUCGUUAUCUCGUUGAGCGAUACGGCUUCGACGCAGAAACUGGAGUCACUUCCUUCACCAGCGACGGACUCGCUGCCUACCUCUCGGCAGUUCCGGCACAAAACGACGUCGUUCUCCAAUUCGGCCCCAUGGAUGUCUUGAUGGCCCCUGCCCAACAUUACCUGCCAACACGACUCUACAAUCUAUAUCCUCAUCCAGCUCAAGACCCUACCGAAAAACGUCGUUAUAUUGCCGUUGUCACUAAUCGCAACGCAGAUGUCCCUAGAGCUCUUGUCCGCGAUAUGUAUACCAAAAGUUGGAGUGCUUUUGACCGUCUUGUGGCCAUAGUACCGCCAGGAGGUUCAAUUGGUCUUGACGACAAACUAUUCGCAUUCUGGUUCCUACAAGGCGACGCUCAUCCUUUUGCUCAUGUGAAAGGCAUAUAUCGGUUCGAAACAGGCAUCAAGGUCACUGAAUUCCGCGACUUGCGAGCAAAUCCACGAUGCCUCUUGGAAUCCCAAAUUCUUUCUCUCCGUGUCAAAUACGCAAAAAUGCUCUCGACUGGGGUUCUGGCCCGUGGCCCCCCGCCUCCGUUAUCCGUUCACGCAGCAAGACGGUCCGGGGCUGGCGCACUCGGUCUCUCAUUCGACCCAUAUGAUGUAACACCGCUUCCUGGACGAAUUCUCGCUAGUGGCGCAGCGGCCAACUUUCCAAGUGUCUCCAACCUUGUCUGCGAUGUCUUCAACUCCCCAGUCUUCGUUCCAACUACCCAGAUCGCUUCUGCGCAGACUUCGCCACACCGCAACGCUCCAGCAGCAGGAUGCCCGUCACGUGCUGCUCUCGGUGCAGCUUAUGUCGCACGUUGGGUUUGGGGCCGAGAAUGGGUUGGAACAGGCCCCAAUGCGAAUGCGGUUGGAUUCGAGGAAGAGGUCAGGAGGGUUUUGGGCAAGCGUUGGACUUCGAGUGGGGGGACCCCGCUUCGUGCAACGAUGGCCAGUGCCCAUACGCCAACUCCGAGUGGAACGAGCACCCCGUUCACCCGUCCGCCCCAUGUGCGCGCUCCAAAUGCACUUUUGGAGGAGGAGGAAGACGAAGAAAAUGCACGUGAGAUGGCUGAGCGGAUGGGCAUCACCCUUGCAGAAUACCAGCUACGAAAUGGCGCGUUGUCCUCGAUCACACCGAGUACAAGCGGAAGCAGCAUGGCCAGCGUCUCGACGGCCUUCACAUCGCCCGAUUUGGCGGCUGGGACAAGUGGAAUGCUUAGUCCGGGUAUCAUUGGGGCCAACGGAACGGCAGCUGCGGGAACGCCCACGACGCCAACUCCUCUGACUCCUGUUUCUGCUCUGCCGACGGGAGAGGCAGAAUCCCAAGUUGGAUUGGCCAAAGUCGCCGAGCCAGACGCCGACGCGUUCUUGGCCUACGCCGCCAUCGUGCCAGAGUACUGCCGCCUUGAAGGCAUGCUCGUCAAGGGCAUCGUUUAG